AUGCUGAAUCCUGAUUAUAAAUAUCUCGUAUAUAUGAGAAUAUCUGUUCGAAACAUUAUUGUGUUGAUACUUCGCCAAAAUUAUGGAGAUAAUUGUGAGUUUUUGAAGGAUAAGUUAAUCGCACUUACUUUUAGUAAGGACACUUUAGUUGCUGAGUCUUCGAUUUUCUAA